AUGAUACUAGAUAUUGUGCUCAGAAAAAAUCGUUUGAGCAAGUAUGAGAACGCAAACGGAGAAGUUAAAAACGACAACAUUAAUAUUUUGAAACAAUGUUUCGAAAAUGUAUCCAUUACUCUUAUACCAUUCGGCUCGAUUAUCAUAGCAAUAAACCUUUUCAUAAGUCAAUUCUUUCUUGGGAAUAUAGAGAUUUUAAAUUUUUAUAAAUUGUUUUCUGCCACAUCGGGAAUAUGGCUAACCAUUGUUGCACUACAAAUAAUAGCAUUAUUAUUUUCUUCUAACUUUUUUGAGGGUUCAACGUAUUUGUUUAUAAAUAGUGAAAAGGACAAUGAAGAAAUCGAUUGGAGUUUCUUUGAUAGAGGACUAUUUUUAGCCAAUAUAAUAGCGUUUAGUUGUGUGUCUAUCAUAUCUUUCUAUGGAAUAUUCUCAUACAUAAUAAAUCCAGUUAAUGUGGCUAAAGGAUUUUUGUCUAUGACUAGUUUUAGCUUUUCAAUGAAUUUGAUGUUUUUGAUGUCACAGUUUUUAUAUGUGUUACUAAAAAUACACAAAAUUAGAAGGGUAAAUUUUUCGAUGUAUAAUCCUUUUUUUUUACCUGGGUUUGCUUGUCUAUUAGAAUCAAUGAAAACUAAUAUCCAAUCAAAAAUUCGGGAUAAUUUAUUAAAUAAUCAGAUAAAAAAAUAUAAACAAAAAAUUAAAAGCCAAAAUAUGUAUGAAGAAGAAAACAUCUGGCUAGUUAAUUAA